CCCAGCGCUCGUGGGUCAGUGUUGCUUUGGCCAGCACUCGGUACGGUACACGGGUUACGUUUUCCAGUGUGGUCGCGCUCGCACAGUUCCGUGGUGUUGGGUGGCGAAGAAAAUUGAAAAAUUGCCCCCAAAGCCGGAAAGAAACGAAACGCAGCAGCAGCAGCAAUAAAACUAGGCGUGUGUACGGCUAAGCGCCGACGGUUAGUGCAAGUGGCAGGGCUGGGAAUCAAAGGUAGCACAGUGAGAGCGACGUAAAAAAAAAAAAACAACAACAUCAUCCUGGUGAUCGGUGCACCGGAACUGCAGUUUGGGGCGGAAACACACUACUCCGACACCAGGCGCGGGAAAGCGCUUGCACAGCGCACCCUACAUAUCAAAAUGAAGUCGACCGAAAAUAUGGGCAACAUUUUCCUGCUUCUGUUUGGAUUGCAUCUGGUUUACCUGGACGGGGCGAACGCCUCCUGGGGCUCGCCAGACAGCAACCAGUACCACAUACAGACGGAUGAAGGCCCCGAGCGGUACUUCCGCUACCAGACGGACAAUGGUCAGUUUCGGAAGGAGAAGCGCCUGCAAGAUGGCACGGUGAUCGGAACGGAUGCGUGGAUUGAUGCUUCCGGCUAUCUGCGCCAGAACGACUACAUCGCAGAUCACAAGGGCUAUAGGAUCUUGAAGUCCAAAACGGUGUACGUGGGUCAGAAUCGACCGAUACAGGACGCUAUUAAGGUGGCCAAAAACAAACCGGCCGAUUCGGGCGUCUUGGUACCGUCGGAUCCUUCUUACGAGCCGCCAGCACCACCAGCAUCCCCUCCACCUCAACCGCCCCAGCACCGCAGCCAACCCGCGAUCCAAUCGAUCGCCAUCAUCCCCUCCACUCCUGCUCCAAUUUCCGUCCAUUCGACUCCUUCGCUCAAUGGCGUCUUCAUCCGACCACACUCCCAACCACUCGGUCCUGGAUACCGUUCGUCACAGCAACCUGGCUCCUCCUCUUCCUCUCCACACCGCCACUACCCAUCAUCCGUAUCGUCCCGACCACCUUCCCUUGACAUCUACGUCCCCUCGACAACGUACACUCCGCUGCUGGGCAACGAGCUCUCCUCCACACCGAUCGCUGUCUACGCUCCCUCCUCAACUCCAUCGCCCCUUCGGGACGGUUCCGAAGCUCACCUUCCACCGCUCGUCAUCUACAACGGAAAUCCCUCGGUAGCGGUCGACCCAAGCGGGUACAUUGCGGCCACUACCUUCACACCACCGCAUCGACGCCGAAGACCCAUUAACCCCUCGGAACGACGCCGUCGCCCAUCGAGUGAACCGAUCCUAAUCACCUCCUCCCGCCCGUACAUCGAGAGCACGACCCGCGCCACAGUGAACCUAAAACCGCUCGUACAGCUCGAUUCCGGCAGCUCGAACCUGCUCGACCCGGCAUCGAUCGGCUUUAACCGGGAUCUGAUCGAUCCGCCGGCUCACCAACCGUACGACGACCAACACGUCCGCCGGUACUACGACGAGAAUGGGCAGGAGCUGCCGGUGCGACGGGCCGGCGAAAGCCACCCGUACGAUGGGGUGUCCGUCACGAACGAUGGCUUCCGGUACUAUCUGCCCCGGCAGUACCACGAAGAGCGCAACUCGGCCAGCGACACGCGGGACGGUUCGUUCGGGUACAUCGAUCCGUUCGGCAUACGGCGCGUCGUGUACUACAACACCGGCCCGAACAAGGGCUUUGUGCAUCGGAAGAACAAUCGCUUCGUCGGGUUCGAUGCGACACCGUACGAUCCGCGCCCGGUAGUGUAGCUUUGCUAGCUUUUAAACGCUUCAUCACACGCCUUGCUUCCUACAUUAUUUAUUUCAUCCCCUCUCCAGAUGAUACACUACACUAACACACGCUUCGCACGAGCGAAGGAUAGCUACUCAAAAGACGAUAGGGUAGUAAGGGUGCGCGCCUUUGAUGUAUGGUGGUGCAUUCUUCGUCAGCGCCUAACAUUGAUUUCAAAAAGUCACCGAAACAGAGGAACAGAGUGCCUUGGGGCUUGGGGCGGACAAAACGACAUCGACCGGUUGAUACAUGAUAAGUGGAUUAAAAUGUAUGUACAGAACUGGUCUGGCAGCUUCGAGCUGGGAGUUCUCCAAAGCUCAGAUUGGAGUUACAAAUCAGCUCUCUACGAAACGCACCGAACCUAAACACACAGUCACGUUGUCUCUUCGUCAUCUUCUCUCUUUUUGCAUCUUCGUUCGAACGUUGUCGUAACGUUGACCAUCGGCUUAAAAUUGGAUUUAUGUACAGACUGCUCUCGUUUGUGAUCUACAAGUUGCAGUUCUCGUAUAACAACAAAAACUACAGCAAAAUUGAUUCGUUACCACUGGGGGUACGGCAUCUCGACCGUAACGUCGCGUGCGUCUUUUGCGAUCUCCGCUUCGUAGUUACGUACCCGUAUGACGAAUGUGAGUGUGACACAUUCACCCUUCUGCUUCAGUGCAUUGUAUCACACGAUCUAAUUUGGCUGAUGAUUAAUGUCAUCACGUGCGGAAUGGCACAGAGUUGGAAGGUGUUUGAGUAAUGUGACGGGUGAUGUUGUUCCAAAGCGUCCUUCGUCGCAAUUCUUCUGAAGGUCCACUUUUGUAGAGCAUUUUAAGUCAUUUUUUUGUGUGGGUAGCGAUGGUAAACCGGAGCGAUGUGUUUAAUCCAAAAGCUUUUUGGCAAAUUACUUCAAAAUAGUGAUUCCAAAAAAGGAACAUGAUCAUCAAUCAGAUAAUGUCACUCGUGGAGUAUUUUAGGGCAGAUUUGCUUAAAAUAGAUAUCAAUUCUCGUUCGUCGACGUUGUCGUUGUGUCCUGCUCUACCCGCACCAGCUCUGUAAUCCUCCAUUCCAAUCUCCUCACGCCCAUUCUACCGUUAACCGUAACCGAUAAGUGCCGUCUUUGUUUUGCAAAAAUUGCCAUAAUUUUAAGUCUAGCUGUUGUAAAGUUGUAAACACAUAAGAGCUUUUGCAAAUAAGCAUUGUAAUGUACGGUUAGGGAGCGCUUCCGUUUUAACUUAUGAUCCAAUUAAUAUCCUUCUAUUUUAUUACCCCUUUUUAACCCAAUUCCCAAUGAAAUUCUCCCCAACAAUCGUUGCGUAAGUCAGCUUGAAAAUAGUUACGCAAAGCAAGAGCAAAAGCACACAAAGUAAUACAAAAAAAACCUAAUUGCCAUAUGUAAGCAGAACCGAACAGCUCGCUGUACCGUUUAGAAGGCAGAGUGAGUGAUUUUAUCAGUAUAAGUACACAUCUAAAACAUUCGCGCUUUGCUAAUAAAACCACAAAAGUGCGUCACCGUCGAACUCGAAAUCGAACUGCGCCCGCGCUCGCGCGCAUUAUAGGGGCCCGCUUUGCUUUUCUCCGUCAAUAGAUCUUCAUUUCCUCUUCCCGCUUAAGGACUGUUUGGUACGUGAAAAUAUGCAAAAAGGAAUCCAUUUCGCUUUACCCCCCAAAAAAAAAACUACACGCAAAAUUACGCUAUGGGAAAUGAACUUCCGUUACGGAGAAUGCCGCACUGUUCCGUCGUAGGCGCUACGGCGAUAGCCAACAUGGGCGGUAAUGUACGGAGAGCCGGCCGAUGUUAACACAACAAUCGAAACCAGCCAAUUUUAUGCUCGACUACGAGUGUACGAACAUUCACUCACACACACACGUCCCUAAUAAACUAUAAAUACCUCACACCGUACAGGGGGAUGGGGCGCGCUGUGGGUUGUGUACUGUACAAGGCACCCAACUUCCGUGUGGUGUACCAGCAGCAACAGCAUGAGGAGCAGAAGAGCAUGGCAUGUUUUUAAUAAAGUCCGGUCUGACCGCGUGAUCGAUUUA